AAAUAAAAGAGAAAUGAGCAAUGACGCUCCCAUCCGUUAUACAAGAUCUGGGCUUCCCUCCUUGUCUUAUAAAUUUGAAUUUCAAAGUCCACUCCUUCUCCUCUCUCCCUUGAGACGCUUCAAUUCUAGGUUUUACUCAGAAGAAAGACGCAGAAACCAACCAUGGACAAGUAUGAGAAGCUCGAGAAGGUGGGGGAAGGCACCUACGGCAAGGUCUACAAGGCUAAGGACAAAACCACUGGCCAACUCGUCGCUCUCAAGAAGACCAGACUUGAGAUGGACGAGGAAGGCAUUCCUCCCACCGCUCUCCGCGAGGUCUCCUUGCUUCAGAUGCUCUCUCAAUCUCUCUACGUCGUUCGUCUCCUCUCCGUAGAGUAUGUCGACGCUAAUGCCUCCGCUGCCGCCGAUGAUGAUAAGGAUAAUUCCAUUUCUAAGUCUAAUCUCUACUUGGUCUUCGAGUACCUCGACACCGAUCUCAAGAAGUUUAUAGAUUCUCACCGCAAAUGCGCUAAUCCUAGGCCUCUUUCUCCUGGUAUUAUUCAGAGCUUUCUCUUUCAGCUCUGUAAGGGCGUUGCCCAUUGUCAUAGCCAUGGUGUCCUCCAUCGUGAUCUCAAGCCCCAGAACCUUCUGAUAGAUCAGGAUAAGGGUGUUCUCAAGAUCGCUGACCUUGGCCUUGGCCGUGCUUUCACCGUCCCUCUCAAAAGCUACACCCACGAGAUUGUUACUCUCUGGUAUCGGGCUCCCGAGGUCUUGCUCGGUUCCACUCAUUACUCUACCGCUGUAGAUAUGUGGUCCGUUGGUUGCAUAUUCGCUGAAAUGGUCAGAAGGCAAGCUCUGUUUCCUGGUGACUCUGAGUUUCAACAGUUGCUUCAUGUUUUCAGAUUGUUGGGAACGCCAACUGAAAAGCAAUGGCCAGGAGUAACUUCUCUGCGUGAUUGGCAUGUCUAUCCACAAUGGGAGCCCCAAAACCUGGCGCGCGCUGUUCCGUCACUGGGACCUGAGGGUGUUGACCUUCUAUCGAAGAUGCUUAAAUAUGAUCCAGCUGAAAGGAUAUCAGCCAAAGUGGCUAUGGAUCAUCCCUAUUUUGACAAUCUUGACAAGUCUCAAUUUUAAAGUUGCUGCCUGGAAGUUGUACCUUUCUUCUUGGGUGUGUUUUAGGAAUGUGCUUCUAUGUAGUGAAGAAUUGCUCAAAAGAUGCUUUGGUUCAUCAUCUUGGUGAUUUAACAGCUGAACUUUAUCAUAUGAAACAUGUACUUGUACGUUGAAAUCUAUGUUCAAGUGCCUUACUCGAUCUCUAAACUCUUAGAUGCCAGCCGAUGAAAUUGAAGUUCUGGUUUAUUGUAUUUAAAAUUGUUUGAUUUGGUGGAAAAGUGGUUGAAAUGUAUUCUAUAGGAUCUGUUACGUGGACUCUGCUGCUGCACUUGGAGGAGAUUUCAAUUAUUACUUGUUCAAUGAGGGCCACAUACCUACACAUUGUAAUGAGAAAUUUGGUUUUUGGUUCUGUUGACUCUUAUCAUCAUUUGCAUAUGAUAAAGUUCAUAUGAUUAAUUGAGUUGUGAAUUUAACUGGAUUUGCUUA